UCAGCGACAACAACAGAUGCAAUUACCUCUAGCUUGCCUACCAGAGUAUUCAGCAGUGCCUUGGCCUCCACCUCUACCAGCAAGGUGCCCAAAGACACGACUUCAAGCGCUGUUCAUGUGUCAACCUAUGUCGCGACUGGUGUCUUCAUCUCUACCCUAGCUAGUGUCACAGCAAGUAAAUCGACUUCAGCCUCUACCAGCGUGUCAACCACUGUGUCUACAAGUGUCUACAACAUUUCCUCUGCUAACUUUCCAAUCAGUGUUUCUGGAACUGCCUCGCUCUUAACCCAGGCAAUUGCCUUAUCCAGUAAGUCGACCUCUACCGCUGCUAACUUGUUAAGCAAAGUGUUGCCAACAGUCUCGCCCUAUAAAUAACUUCGGUCACAAAAUUUAUUUAUUUGUUUGCCGUCAACUUUUACGCAUGGUUUUAUAUGUUACCCAGAUUCAUGUAAUGAAUCUGAAAAUCUUAGUAAGUUCGUCUGAUAAGACGGCAAAAUGAAACAACUUGGAGCUUGAAGUACACCAGAUACAGGUUAAGGUUAGCUUUUUUAAAGAAUGAUUCUACAUAUCAAGGCUACCAGUGCUAGCGUUGUAAACGAAAACCUAAAGUCAGAUGUUGGUGUUGACUGAUCUGUGGGAUGGCGUUAUUUUAUGUUGUCUGAAACACGAUUUUCAAAUGAUUUAUGAAAAGCUCGAAGUGAUUUCCCCAAAAUAAUUUUGACAUAACAUAAAAGUGUGAUGCUCUUAGUGUUUUCCCUUUCAAUCUUAAAAAAUUCUGAUCAAAGACACAUGAUGAAAAUCGUCGCUUUUUUCAACUACCUCUCGAGAUAAACAGGUAGCCGUACGCUUUAGCUUUUUUAUAAUUACUCAAACUGUUGUGAUAUACUGAAAAUAUUACAUAUUUUGGUCAACGACAAGUUAUACUUGAAAUGUUAGCAAGAUGCUCUUUUUCUAGCGCGGUUGUUUUGAAACGCGAGUCAAGCGAAUCAUAGUAAAUUUCAACCCUGUUUUUGCCUUGCAAAAUCGACGGCGGGCCGUGAAACGGUUUUCCGAAACGAACGGAUCUUUCGAAGAAAAAACUACAUAGCGUUUAUACACUUACUUAAGUCUACCAGUAUGCAAAAGAAGAGCGAUUUUGAUUUUUUGAGCUUUGCCGCACUUUGGUUGAUAUUUGCAUGGAGUUGCUCUUAACCAGUGUGUCGGCAGGUGUCUUCGCCUCCAGACCGACUAGUGUUUCGCAGAAAAACUCGAACUCUCCCUCUCCUGACUUGUCAGUAAGUGUGACACCAAAAGUCCCGGUAUUAACACCCACCAGUUUGACGAACAGCAACUCAAACUCUACCUCUGUCAACUUGUCAACCAGUGCGUCGCCAAGUGACUCGACUUCUGCAAUUAUCUUGAGCACUUCAUCGAUCAUUUUACUGCCCAGUAAACUGACCUCUACAUCAGUUAACCUGACAACCAGAGCGUCACUAAGUGUCUCGGCCUCUAUCCCGCCCAGUGUCCUGCCCAAUAACUCCGCCUUUCCUCUACUACGUUGUCAAACAGUGGGGGGUCCUUAAGUUUUCUGCCCCUCACUCCAACUAGAGUGAGCUCCAGUAACUCCACCUCUACCACAGCUAACUUGUCAUCCAUGUUAUCGCCUAGUGUUUCGGCCGCCACAUCGAUUAGUUGGACGCCCAGUAACAAGACCUCACCUUCUGCUUAUAUGUCAAACACCGAGUCCUCGAAUGUCUCGGUAGUUAUACCUUCUGGUUUCAUACCCAGCAACCCGACAUCUCCCUCUACUAACUUGCUAACCAGUGCGCUGGGCUACCAAGUGUCUUUUUAACGACGCCGACCAGUCUGACGAAAAGCAACUCAAACUCUACCUCUGUUAACUUGUCAAUCAGUGCGUCGCCAUGUGACUCGACUUCUACAGUUAUUUUGCGCAUUUCAUCGAUCAGUGUACUGCCCAGUAACCCGACCUCUACAUCAAUUAACUUGACUACCAGGGCCUCACCAAGUGUCUCGGCCUAUAUCCCGCCCAUUUUCCUGCCCAAUAACUCCACCUCUUCCUCUACGGCUACCAACGGUCUCGGCAACGACGCUGACCAGUCUGACGAACAGCAACUUAAACUAUCCCUUUGCCAACUUGUCAACUAAAGCAUUAGCAAGUGUCUCGGCCUCCGCGUUGUCCAAAUUGACGCAAAGUAACUUGACCUGUACCUCGACUUAAUUAUCAACCAGUGUGUCGCUAAAUGUUUGGACCGCGUUUGACUCCCGGUUAUUCGACCAGAGUUUCAAACAUUACCCAACCUGUGUGACGCGCAGUCUGUCAAACACAACCUCUAACUUGUCAAACAGUGCUUCUUCAAGUGUCUUUCCCCAGUGUAAUGCCCAAUACCUCCACCUCCACCUCUACUGACUUGUCAACCAAUGCGUUACCAAGUGUAUCUUCGUUUAAAUCCACUAGAGUGACUACCAGUAACUCCACUGCUCCUUUUGCUAACAUGCUUUGGCAAGUGUCUUGGCCUUUACGCCGACUAAUUAGACACUGAGAAGCCCAAACUUUAGUUCAGCUGAUUUUUUAACCANUCCCCAGUGUAAUGCCCAAUACCUCCACCUCCACCUCUACUGACUUGUCAACCAAUGCGUUACCAAGUGUAUCUUCGUUUAAAUCCACUAGAGUGACUACCAGUAACUCCACUGCUCCUUUUGCUAACAUGCUUUGGCAAGUGUCUUGGCCUUUACGCCGACUAAUUAGACACUGAGAAGCCCAAACUUUAGUUCAGCUGAUUUUUUAACCAGUGGGUCACUGAGGUUCUCAACUUCAACCCCGACAAGUUUCACGACAGGUUUGGCGAACGACAACUCGACCCUUUAAAUAUGCUAACUUUUCAACCAGUGCUUUGCAAAAUGUCUCUGCCUUUACUCUGGCCAUUGUGACACCUAGUAACUCGACCUACACCUCAGCUUACUUGUCACUCAGUGCGUCAUCAAGUGUCUGGCAUCUGCCCUGCAGCCUUUGACAAGCACCACCUCUACCUCUAUAUCUGCAAUCUAUUCCACCACUGGUUUUCGAGGAACCUCGUCCCGAUUAGAGAAACACCCAAAAACUCAACCUUUGUCGCAGCAACGCCCCCCCCAGUGUUUUUUUUUAGUGUAUUGGUCUUAGUGUCACGCAAAGUAAUUUGACUUUUUUUUGUCUGCUAGCUUGUCAAACAUUGCGUCACGAAAUAUCUCGGCAUCAAGCGCUACCAAUGUCUUGAUCUUUAUAUCAGCCAGAUUGACGCCUUGGAGUAAUGUAAAAUCGUCUUUCAAGGUUUCUUAAAAAUCAUAACAUUCUCUCUGUCAAUCAGUAUGGUUUUCGCAAGCAUCACUCCACUGCUUAUGCUCUAGCUUGUUUAUAUGAUAUUUCAAAAUUAGAGCAUCAUGGUGUUCUAGGCACUGCACUUAGAUGGUUCAAAAGCUAUCUAAGCAAUGGACAACAAUAUGUGGAAUUUAAUGGUAUCAGUUCAGAGACUUGCGAAAUAAAGUGUGGGGUGUCUCAGGGCUCUAUACUAGGCCCCUGCUCUUUCUGCUCGGUAUACAUGAUCUGUGCAAUGUGUCAAUGCGACGCUCAGGAAUGUAUCAAAGUUUACAUUUUUGGGACAAGAUUGGGCACGCUGAGUCUGUAGGCUUUCGGUUUUAUUCGGCUAUUUCACGAAGUGAGAGCCGAAUUAGUUCGAGCUAUCUCGAGAUCACUUCGUUUUCUUUGAUAUAUUCUUUAACUUAUUCGAGGAAGAGAGAAUUAGUAUUUUGGCUUUCCCGGGGUUUGAACCCACUCACCUGUGUGCCGAUUGCGCUACUGCGACCCAACGUAGUUCGGGAUUUGAAAAAUAGCCAUGAAAUUAUGCACUAGUUGGGCGCGCAAGUUCGUGACUUUUCGGCUUGUUUCGGCUAUUUCACGAAAUGAGACCGGACUGCUUCGUGAUAUCUUGAGAUCACUUCGAGUUAUUCGAGGAAUAAAUAGAGGAUAUUACAUGGCUGCGCAGAGACACGAAAUUUCUCUUCGAGUGUUGAAAAACAUUUCACGAGUGAGUGCUCCUUUCGAACUGUUUUAUGAUGAAUUUAAGGUUACAAUAUGCUGCAAAAAGACGUUUUGUCUUUGUUGAGUUGGAAAAUUGUUACGUUGGAAAAUUGCUUUCAUGCGUUGUGUGACUUUCUCGAACGUUCUUUACGUUUUUGGAUUAUUCAAGAAUAAUUAAUUAGGGUAUGUUUACAAUUCAGCACGAGUCAGUAGAUUUGCUUCAGUUACUGAAAUCAUAAAAUAUGUCGAAAAGCUACUACUAUUGGCCUGUUUAAAAUUUCUAGAACCUUAUGUCAAACGGUAUACAAGUUCCAAGCGAGUUCUUUUGACGAACUAAGUUUUUUUCCACGAGCUGGAGUGCUAUGUUCAGUCAAGGGUGACGAAGGUCGAUUUUCAAGUUCUGUGUUUACAAGUUGGCGGAAGCCGUAAGAUAUCUGAAGUUCAAGUGAGAGUUUGUUAUUAUUGGCAGAGGCUGUUUAGUUGUACUUAAGUUCAAGUCAAGUUUGUGUUGGUGGAUGCUGUGUUUUAAAGCUCUGUAAAGACUAUGUUUUUUGGGUAUUAAGAGCAAUUGUCUGUAAGAAUCAAGCAAAGUGGAAAAUGAAAAAUUUUGACCCCCCCCCCCCCUCAAAUUUUGCAUGCAAUUAGAUAUUGUUGGGGGAUGUCUACAGAAGUCAUACACAAGUCCUUAGCAAGCCAAGCCACAUUUUAUAAACACGCACGCUUCCACUUUGUAUUUACGGCGUAUUUCUUCAUUAGAUGUCAUCAGUCGCUCCAGAGAGAGUUAAACCUCAUUAGUUUUUGGUCAUUAAGCCAAGCAUUGGAAUUAUCUACGUAUUAAAAUCCAAAAUCUCAAGUCCAGAAGCUCAGAAAGCUGAACUAGUAGUCACUCGUGGACAUCCCCGUGAACAUGCAACCUCCCCUGGUCAGCGGUGUUAAUCGAUGCAACAUAAACAAUUUCCGUGAAUUUCCUGUCAUUUCUGGUAAGAUUCUUUUUCCUCACUUCCCGGAGAUAACGGGGAAAAAGGAUUGCCUGAUCGAAGGUUACAUCUGCCUUGCUUAGAGGGUCAAACGAAAUUAUUCUUUCUCAGUGAAUGUAAUCGUGAUUUUUCUACCUAUCUGCAAACUUACGGGCUCAGCAAAUUUCGGAAAGGUAUUUAAUACCGAUGGAGUUAACUUCCUACCGUCUGCCAUGCAGUUAAGUUCAUUUUAUUUUCUUCACUCUUCUGUUAAGUACUAGGGGGAAUAGCACCAAGUGUCUCCUAUGGCGGCUCACCAUAGGAUUUGAAGCAUGUUGUACUAACACAAAUUCGUAACUUGUACUUUGAAAUACAGUAAUUAGAAAAUCUGGAACACCGGAAUGUUGGGAACAUGGACUUGACAUAUUUAAACAUGGGAGAACGCUUAAAAAAAAAAAAAAAGAAUUCGGCUGUCGGAUACGUACAUACAUACAUGCAUACUAGUUUACUGUGGAAUUACACUUAGCCAAAAGCAAGACACGUCACUUUUUCCUGGCCCUUGAAUAUUAUGAUUACAUGAGGAGCAUAUUGUUUUGUAAGAGAUUCCGUACCUUCUUUUGGAGUUUUCGAUUUUACACUUGUCGACGCAAAUAGCUGCAGAAUUUGUUGUCUCCCGACACGACAGACUGUCCCUGGGUUCUGGUUAAAAAAAAAACUUUAAGCCUAUACCUGUACUUCAAGUCUCUAGCUUUUGAUAUUCGGUAUUAGGUGAAUGAAUUUAAUUAUUACAAGUGACGUUAAAUUAUCAAUAUGAGUAAACAUUGUGCUGAAAUUAUAUUGCGCUUAUACAUUCUGUUGCCUUUUUAUUCGUCUUAUUAUUCUACAAUAGUUAUAUUUCGCCUGCGUGGCCGGCGUAGAAAGGGGUUGAGGCGGGGGUAGGAAUUUAUGUAAGCGUGAUCCAAUAGAAACUCCGUGCAGGCUAAGCUACAUAUCCUAACUUGAGAGAAAGUCUUGGGGUCAGCAUUCAAAUGAAAAGCGGGGAAAGGUGGGAAUGUACUUGCAAUAAAGUGGCCAAACUACAUGUACUUGCAAGAAGACAAGUCGUCUAAGUAAAGUGUCAUUUCGCAAAAGGCUUUGUGAACUAUUUACAACCCAAAUAAUGACUCAAAAGGAAUAGCGAUCUACUGGCAGAUGGAACCUCUAACGAAGAGUGCAGACGAAAUUAAUGUUGCUAGCAAUACACAAGCUGAGAAAUUACAGGUUCUCAAAUAACUUCUAGUCUAAGUUCCCUAAAUUUCGUUGUUCCAAAUUUUUGUUUUCCCCUUAGUACUUUACAAAAGAGAGAAGAAAAAAAAAAGAACUUUAGGAAGUCAACUUCUUCAUCGGUAAUACCUUUCCAAAAUUUGAUGAGCCCGUAAUUUUGCAGAUAGGUAGAAACAUCACGAUUACUUUCACCAAGAAGCAUAAUUUCGUUUCACUCUCUGAGCAAGGUAGGGAUGUAAACUUCGAUCAGGCCUUCCUUUUUCCCAUCUUCGGGAGGGGAAGGGAAAAGGAUUUUAUUUCUUCCGGAAAUAUGUUUGUUUACGCUGACCAGGAGAGGUUGCAUGUUCACGGGAUGUCAACGCGUGUCUACUUCAGCUUUCUAAGCUUUUGGACUCAAAGUUUCGUAUUUUAUUAAAUAGGUAUGUAAUUCCGAUUUUUGGCUUAAUGACUAAAACCUAAUGAGGUUUAACACUCUCUGGAGCGACUGAUGGAAUCUAAGGAAAAAAUACGCCGUAAAUGCAAAGUGGAAGCGUGCGUGUUUACAAGAUGUGGCUUGGCUUGCUAAGGACUUGUGUGUGACUUCUGUAUCGGCUUCUGUAUCACUUUAUAACUUGUUGUAAGUGACUGAGUAGACUAACAAUGCUUUACAAUGGGAAACAGCACAACCGGGCACAUGGCAAUGGUUCGAGAAACCGAGUGAUCGUUGAAUAUAAAUGCUACGCUACAAGCGGUGCAUUCUUAGACAUCCCCCCACAGUAUCUAAUUGCAUGCAAAAUUUGAGGGGGGAUUAAAAUUUUUCAUUUCCCAUUUUGUUUGAUUCUUGCAGAGAAUUGCUCUUAAUCUCCCUUGUGUUAAUCCGAUAUCCCUGCGUGCUGAAUAAUUAUCCUCAAAACAUUCGAACUCGAACAUUGAGUUUUAGCCAAUUCCAUAAUUGACUCCUUACCCAUGCCUUACAUAUCUUUAAUCAGUACAUGAGACUGCUAUGCUGUCUAAGGAGACAAACACUUGAUAUUUCUAUUCAAAUUGACAGCAAUGUUAUUGAACGUGUGAAGGAAACAGCACUUUUAGGUGUUAUCCUCAAUGAGCAUUUGUCAUGGAAGCCUCACAUUCUUAGCGAUUCUAGAAAAAUAUCAAAAUCAAUAGGCAUUAAUUAAGCUUACGCUCUUUGUACUAUACGUCUAGUUUAUCCUUACUUAAUUUAUUGUGUAUCAGUAUGGGGAUCAACAUAUCAAGGUAAUUUAAGUCGGAUUAUUAUUCUGCAAUAAAAGACAAUCAGAACAAUAUCUAAAGUUUCUUUUGAUUCUCAUACUGGUGUUCUAAAAAAUUCUCGGACAUUAAUUUAUACCAGAAAGGUAAAGUUAUGUAUCUUUUUAAAAGAGGUUUACUUCUUAAUUAUUUGCGUGAUAUGUUUACUCUUGGAAGCAAGAUCCAUUCCUAUAAUACAAGAAAUUCCAGCCCUUUUUAUAUACCUCAUUGUCGAGCUAAUUUUUCAAAAAUUCUCAAUUUGGUUUCAAGGUCCUAAGUUUUUCAACUCGCUAAGGCCUGGUUCAGAUGCCUGACUUUUCAUGAGCCGAAGCUAGUUCGAAUUAAGGCUGAGGCAAAUUAUUUAGACCUGAUGAAUUGAUUCAGGUGCCGAUCUUAAUUGCAGCUGAACGAAAAUUGCUCAUUUCGGUCAAACUGCCUGCAAAAUACGUUAUAAUAAUUUAUGCAUAAUUAAGUUCGGCGUCUGAAGCAAAGCCGUUCCAAAGGCGCCCCAAAUGCGAAAUUCCCGGCUGGGCUAGGCGAAAAGAACGGCUGAGCUGUUCCAAAUUGAAACAGGUGUUCCUAAUUGAUUCAGACGCCGAACUUUUCAUGUACUUAAUACAAUGUAUUAGGUUCGGCUCGUAAAAAGUUCAGCGUCUGAACCGAGCCUAAGUCGUAAAAUUCAAAACAGUACAAGUAUCAGUUUGUUUAGCAAAAGACUUUUAAAAAGUCCCUUCUUUCGUAGUCAAAUAUGCUCUUUGUUGACCUAUAAAUUGUACAUAUUUUUAGGAAUUUUAGAUUCUUAAGUCUUAAUUAUGAUAAUUUUACUUUAUUUUAAUUAGCUUUGUUUUAGUGUCCCCAAUUAGUACUGUAAUGUAGUAGAAUUUUAUGACACUUAAAUAAAGGUUUCAUCAUCAUCAUCAUCAUAUAACUUUUCUUUUACUUUGUUCCUUUUUCAUUUUUCCUUUUCUUUUCUUUUCUUCACUUUUAAAAGAUUAAUCCAUUUUUCAUUCAGUACCCUUCACUCACAUGGUUUACCCUAUAGUUCCAGGAAGCCUAUAGUUUAUAAGCCCCCGGCUUCUAUAUAGGCUUCCUUCUCAUUACCACUUAAAACAUUUAAUUUUGUUAAUAAUUUUAGUUAAAAAAGUGUAUAUUACCUUUAAUGUAUUAUAAAUUUCUUGUUAAUUGUUGUUGUAUUUAUAUGCGGUUAAUAAUGGCACAAAUAAACGAAUGAAUGAAUGAACUCUACUUCGGCUAACCUGACAUCAAGUACCUCGCCAAUUUGAAUCUUGUGUAGUUAUGUUUUCAGAUAUUUAUUUGUUGUCAAUCUUUACCAUGUCCUUCUCUCCUCAGACACUAAUGACUGUUAUCCAAACCCGUGUCUGAACAACGGAACAUGUACAGACGGACUGAAUAACUACACCUGCACUUGCGUGCCUGGCUUUGUAGGGAAGAAUUGCUCAAAUAGUAAGUCUUUUAACAUCAAGUCUUAGUAUUGAGAUUUUCGGAUUCAGUCUGAAAAGUGAAUGGUAAUAUUAUUUCAAGUGAAUCGGCGCACGACCUCGCUCGUUCCUUUUGGAAAAGUCAUUUUAAAUAACUUACAGAUAUGAAGUUUCCUUACCUCCUUUAAAACUUAAAUACUUAAAUACAACCAUCCCUCUUGAUCUUACAAAGGAAAAGGGAAAACAAUACAUAAUUAUGCCUCGGUUAUUACUAAUUUGGGCAAGAUUACUUUUAACAGAAUUUUCCUUCUGGGGUGCCCUUGUGGAAUAAAACUGAAUGCCCUCAAUUAAUGUGCAAUGUGAAUCUUGUAUAGUUACUUUUCCAUGUAGAUAUGGAUAUUUUAUUGUGGUCAAUCAUUACGAUGUCCUUCUCUCCUCAGACACUGGUAACUGUUAUCCAAACCCGUGU